CAAGUCCCUAUAAAUAUAUAGAUAUCUCUAUCCAAUCCAUAAUUAAUAUUCUUGAUACAAUUAAGCCUGUUUUUGUUUGCACCGCCAUAACCUUCAGAACCUGAUUCUCUUUUUGUUUUCUUCUUCAUUGUUCUGCCUGUUUGUCAGAAGGACCUAAUGGCCAAUCCCCUGCAACUCAAGUCAUUGAAUCAUAUCUCAUUGGUGUGUGGAUCAGUGGAAAAAUCUGUUGAUUUUUAUGUAAACGUUCUUGGGUUCAUUCCAAUUAAGAGGCCUAGCUCAUUAGACUUCAAUGGUGCAUGGUUAUUCAAUUAUGGCAUUGGCAUACACCUCCUCCAAUCAAAUGACCCUGAAGGCAUGCCCAAGCAUGCUCAUAUUAAUCCAAAGGACAACCACAUCUCUUUCCAAUGUGAAAAUAUAGCAGCAGUGGAGAAUAAACUGCAGCAAUUGAAGAUAGAGUAUGUGAAGAGCAAAGUAGAGGAAAGCGGAAUCUAUGUUGAUCAGUUAUUCUUCCAUGACCCAGAUGGCUCCAUGAUUGAAAUCUGCAACUGUGACAGCAUCCCAGUAGUGCCUUUAUCAGAGGAUAAAGUAUGGUCUUGCUCGCGUUUCAAUUGCAAUAUUCAAAAUCAACAUCACCAGCACCAGAUUCAACAAAUGAUCCCAAUGUAGUUUGUAAUUAACAAGUGGUGGUGACUAGCCCUGACCACAAUUCCCAUCAAUUCUUGUAUAAAAUUGUAUAGUAAUAAAAUUUCUUGUGAAAAGUAAAAUUAGCAGAAAA